GAGGAAAGUCCGUCGAGCUUUGUACGCAUGCGCAAUUUCUAACACUUUGCGGGAAAGUGUCGUCUGCUCAUUAUAUCUAACUCUAGCAAUAACUAGCGACUGCACUUUCCAAGACACUUGUGAUGAUUUACUUUAUUAAUAUGUACCUAAUGAGUAAUGACCUUUUUUCUUAAUACUAAUUUGCAUUGGCUGCGUGCUCCAGUCUUCGGAUCGUAGAACCAGAGAUAAGAGGACAUAGUUACUUCUGGUCAAAUCCAAACAAUUUUCAAUUUUUUAGUCUAUUUCAUGACAAUCAGUUUCUAGAACAAUAGCCACUUCAGAUCCACAAUAGCAAUUAAAUCGGUUAGGUUUCUUCCCAGCUCUAAACUAGACAUUACCAUAUGUACAGUGACAGGCAACGAGUUCCACACGUAUUUAAUAUCUACAGUUAUGUAGAUUACGGCGCUAUCAUUGUAUUCCGGUCGAUAUGCAGCGCGUUCACAUUGACCUUACACUUCCGGCGCACACACCGGCGCCGGCGCACCACAAAGGAUGUGUUGAGCAAGUUACACUUCAUUCAUCACGUACACGUACUUCUGACGUGUGACGCGUGUGCUGUUUAUAUGCACGUCGUCGUACGUGUACGGACCGACCGACUACUGCUGGACAUACCUCUGUAUCUGUAUUGAUGGUAUAGUCGAGGCCAUCUAUAUCAAAUGGAGAUUUUGUAGUUAUCAAGCAUAUUACUGACAUUAGCAGUUCGUCAGUAAACAAUGUCGGAGGUGGGCCGGCGUGGUCCGCGCGUGCAGUGGACGUUGCCGCGCGUUGUGCAAGCCGGCCCCGAUACCCGCGCCGCGGCUUACUUCACCCGCCCAUUAACUAAGCGAAAUGAUGGAUAUUUGUGUUAUUGCCGCAUUUUGCUAGUUUCAAUGCUUUGUGAAAGGAGGAGCAGUACUACGAGAUGCCGCAGCUGUUCGCGCUGGACGAGUGGCCGGGCUGCCUGGCGGCGCGCGGCGCCUACUGCGUCGGCAGCUUCGAGCUCGCGCCGGCGCAGCAACCACACCCGCUCUACGACCUCAUGCAGGGUUACUCAGCGAACACUGUGGAGAACUACAACCACACACGCCUGCACCGCGGGCUCUGCCUACCCCGCAGCUGCGCAGCGCAUGCGCCCUCACACCAACAUGACCUGCAUGAUGAUCAGCUGCGGGACUGGUUUUUAUCAUGUGUGAACGCGAGCACGUUGUCUGCCUACAACCUGUCGGUGCAGCUCCUGCGGCUGGAAUACUGUUCCAUAGGCGAGGCUCCUCCGCCGGACCUGACCACUGCCGAGCGAGCCUUCGCAGGCUUCCUCGCCACAGUACUGGCACUCGCCGUGAUCAGCACCGCGCUGGAUCUUACACUCAGUGACCAUGCCAGGAAAGGGUUGGAGUGGGCGCUGGUGUGGUCAGUGCCGGCGUGCUGGCGCGCGCUGUCGGCGCCCCCGCCCCGCGCCGCGCGCACCGACCUCGCCUGCUUCGACGGGCUGCGCGUGCUCACCAUGCUCGUCGUCAUCAUCGAACACGUCUGCUGGAUCACCACGCAGACAUACCUCACCGACACCAAGAUAUAUGAACAGAUGCGCGGCUCCAUCGACGUGAUUCUGAUGACGAACAGUACGCUGGUGGUGCAGAUCUUCUUCAUCAUGUCCUCGUUCCUACUGGCACACAAGUUGCUGCAGCAACGCCGACGUGGGGAACACGUGCCGCCCUUCUCCACAUUCGUCGACACCAUGUUCAACAGGAUCAUCAGGGUGAGUCCAUCCUACUGGGUAGUGGUAUGGUUCGCUGCGUCGUGGUGGCAGCGCACUGGGCGCGGGCCGCUGUGGGCGCCCAUGGUGGCCAGUGAGGCCGCGGUCUGUCGCCACAAGUGGUGGACACAUCUACUGUACUUGAACAACAUCCUGUACGCGGACGACAAGUGUCUGAUACAAACCUGGUACUUGGCAGCAGACAUGCAACUGUACGCGGUGUGCCUGGCGCUGACGCUGGUGCUGUGGCGGUGGCGGCGCGCGGCGGUGGUGGUGCUGAGCGCGCUGCUGGUCGGCUCAGUGGCGCUGCUGUUCGGCCUAGCUUACUACUGGAACCUCGUACCUACUUACGUCAUGCAUCGCCCCGAGUCGGUGUGGCUGGCGUACCGCGAGGAGCCGUCGUUCAACGUGCUGUACCAGUCGCCGCUGGGCAACGUGCCGGGCGCGCUGGCCGGCCUGCUACUGGCGCACCUGCACCACGUGCUGCUCGACCUCGACGUGCAGCUGCCGCGGUACAAGAUAUUCGGUUGGCUAUCAGUGGCGGCGGUGCCGGUGGCGGCGUGGUGGGUGGCGGCGUCCCCGCUGGCGCUGGGCCGCGGCCCGCCCGGCCGCCUGCCCGCCGCCGCACUCGCUGCCCUCGAGAGACCUGUGUUCUCCUUCUUCGUGGCCAUGGCACUGCUCGGCGCUAUGAAUGGAAUCCCAUCUGCAGUGAAGCGCUGCCUGUCAUGGCCGGGCUGGGCGGCGUGGGCGCGGCUGUCCUUCGGUGCGCUGCUGCUACACAUGCCCAUCAACAAGGCGCUGGUGGCGUCGCGCCUCAUGCCGUCCAUGCUGGACCGGCAGGCUGCGAUAACCGAGUGGUUCGGUGUGGCCGCCGUGUCGUACAUGGCGGCGCUGCCCCUGGCGCUGCUGGUGGAGCUGCCGGCGCAGCGCCUGGUGCGCGCCCUGCGCCCGGAGCGCGGGGCCCGCGCCCCCAGCGCGCCCCCGGCCCGCGCCCCCGCGGACAAGAGCGACCUGUGAGCUCGGUGCCCUACCCGCGGUGCUCGCUGCACCGCCCCGUAGCGUACCUGUAGCGUGGGUACUGUGGUACCUGCCACUCUGUUAAUGACCAACUACACAGUUUGGGUAGUUUAUUGUUAAGGCUGGACCUAGUCGGGUAUUUGUUACGAAAUGAGUUGCACUCAGCUUCUAUCCUACCAACUACCCGGACGUAAGUGUAAAUAGGCAUAAAUGUUACAUUAUUUAUCUUGCACACAAGUAAAUCAGCAAAUACAAUGUACUAUGUAGAAUGCCUAGUUAAUAUUUAAACCUAGAAUAGAGUGGGUCACUAAAUAAGUGACAGUAAUAUCUCUGUAAUAUUUAGUGUAAACUAAAUAUUCACAUUGACAGUUUCCAUGGAAUCACAACAUACAACUUGAUCAUUGAUGAUGACAAGCACUAUACCGAGCUGUAGGAUCUCCAGCCAUUCCAUGCCAAGGCCCAUGGCAAGUAGAGGGGCAUGCCUUCUAUUAUUUAUAAAGCACUGCAGCAUUGCGGUAAAUAAAGUAGCUAUUUAAAAAAAUGGGUGCAGACGACCCACUUCCUAACUGCUGUAAAAAGCUAAUAAGUUAUGGUAUGGCUUCAUCUAGAGGGGCGUAUUGUGAUAAUAGAGUGUAGUGUUAUGUCGUAGAGGGCGCCACCACCGCCCGUGGUGACAGACCUAGCUAAGCAUGUGGUAAUUAUGUUUAGAUGUAGUCUGUACAUGUAUAGCUCUCGGUGAACGAUGGGAUCAAUCCCUCAAUCUGAAGGAUUGUCGUUGUCACAUUGACUUAUGUUAUCAUCAGAUUCAUCUUAUGCUAAUUGGUGUAAGUUCAGAUAAAUAAAUCUGUACAGUAUGU